AUGAUCUUACUUAUCUUAUACUAUGUCUACAAAUGGAUAACAGUACCAUGGUCCUAUUACGAAAGCGCGCGUACACGACGAAGAUUACAUCAGAAUACGAUGGCGUCAAAGAAUGAUCACCGACGACAGUUAUUAUCGUACGAACUAAAACGGCAUGAACUGAUUGGCCUUAUAUGGGUCAUCUUGUCCCCCGUGAUUGCAGGCUACACAUUGCAGUACAGUCGUUAUUUUCUCAACAACUAUGACAAGUACAUGAGCGUGUUCAAUAUUACUGUAUUCGUUGUGGCCGCGUCGCUCAAACCCGUGUCCCACAUCAUGACUUUGCUCCGAGAACGUACCCUGUUUCUUCAAAGUGAAGUGGAAGUCCAGGACACCGUCGUUGAAACCCUUCAGAAACGGAUAGACGUGUUGGAAGACGAGUUGGACAAUUUGCGUCAAGCGUUUGCCACGAAAAAAGAUUUGGGACAGGCCACGCAGAGUUUGAAUCCCACGAUCCAGCAAUUGUCAAAAGCGAUGCGACGGAUGGAAAAAAAGGAAGCCAACCUUCGAUCAUGGUCCGAAACGCAAUUUGCUGCGAUGGAACAAAAAGUGCACGAAUACGACCAGUACAUUUGUUACCGAAUUGAGCAAGAUCAACGUCGAUCGACCCAACACACAUUGAUCACGUUGGUAUUUUUGCCACUCAAUCUCACACUUUGGUUCUUGCGGCGUAUGUCUUAUCUUCUGCCUAUUCCACGCGCGUUACUCGGAUUAUCGAUCGCGAAACCGGGGCAUUCGCUUCGAUCACCGGUCGUAUCGAAACAUCUCUUGCAUUCGGAAGAACCGACCGCUGCCACGACAAUGCACCAUCUUCAAGAUCCAGAUGAUUUGGCUGAACUCAAUUAUUCAGGCGGCGAAGAAUCCGCCGGAUUUUCUCCCGCCUUUGGUCAUCACCACCGACCAUUCACACCCAAGAGACCCUAG